GGUGAAAAUUUGGUUCGAGAAAAAGCCGAAAGCUGAGGCCACGGAUUUGUUGGCACUUUUCUCCUGUGUUUCAUACUCGCGUGUUUUUAUAAAGGCACAUUUUCCGGACCGAGUGAAUUCCAAGUUUCCGUCAACCGUCGCCGGGUAUCCAACGGAAGAAGUCGCCACUACUUCUGACCGCCCCCAUCCCCGUACGAAGUCGUCGUAUUUUUCCGUGUUCCGGUUCCGAGUCAAACACCGCAAGUAGUAAAAGACGAACGUUCAUCGCGCGCAUACGUAACGCCCCUCCCUACGCCCUUAGCCUGCACUAGCCUCCGUUUGUUCCUUGGACCGGCGUACAAGGACGAAAUUCUUACCCGUUUUAGCGCGCGUCUCGGUGGCCCCCAGCUGGCCGCCCCGAUUACUUUCGUGACUUCCCGGGUAUGAGCAAAGCCGUCAAAAUAGAACCAUCAAGCGAAAGCAGCCGGGAACUGCCGCCCGGUACAUUCAAGCUCUUCAUCGGCAAUGUCGACGAGAAGACGCAGCCGUCCGAAUUGCGGCCACUGUUCGAAAAAUACGGUACGGUCGUCGAGUGCGAUGUGGUGAAGAAUUUCGGCUUCGUCCACAUGGAAAACGAAGAUCAGGGCCGCGAGGCGAUACAACAUCUGAACGGGUACGUGAUUGGCGGUCAACCGAUUAAGGUAGAGGCGGCCAGAAGCCGCCGGGCACCGAACGCUAACACGACGAAAAUUUUCGUCGGUAAUCUUACGGACAAAACGCGCGCACCGCAAGUACGCGAACUGUUUCAAAAGUUCGGUGCCGUCGUCGAGUGCGAUAUCGUGCGGAACUAUGGCUUCGUCCAUCUCGAUCCGACCGGUGACGUGAACGAUGCGAUCCGGGAACUGAACGGCAUGAUGGUGGACGGCCAACCGAUGAAGGUGCAGGUGUCCACCAGCCGUGUCCGGCCGAAGCCGGGUAUGGGCGAUCCGGAACAGUGCUACCGGUGCGGUCGUGCCGGCCAUUGGUCGAAGGAGUGUCCGCGUCUGAUCUGGGCCGAACGUGGCUUCCGCGAACGCAGCAUGUAUGCCCGGGAUCCGUAUCCGCCGCCGCCACCGCCGCCAUUCCUUCGCGAUCGUAUUAUGGACGGAUUUAGGGACACCUUCGAUUACUAUGACCGCUACGAAGAUCCGCGCGACCUAUUCGAACGGCGGUACGGUAUCCGGGGACGUGAUUUUCCCCCCAUAAGGCGCGAACCAAUGCCACCGAUACCGCCACUGAUGAGGCGUAGCGUAACCGAGAGCAGUCGCAGUAGCAGCAGCUACGAAGCCAUCUUUAGCCGGCGAACGCCACCACCGACCAGCCGGAACGGAAGUAGCAGCAUUAGCCGGUUCGGUGUGUAUGAAGACUUUAGCCGCGAUUCGUUCGAUGAUAGGCGCGGUCUGCGUGGACCAUCGCCUACCCAUCGGUACGCACCGUACUGAGACGGAUUGUAUUAGAUCCCCCUCCAUUACACUAAGCCUGGGUUCUAAAAAUGUUGGUGGAGCGAGAGUGACACAGCACUACCACCGCCCAUCCGCCCAUGCUCACAUUUUGAUGGAAUUUAGAUGUUAAUCUAAGAAACAACUACUAUCACAACGCCGGAAUGGAUUUGUAUCGGACAACGGGAUGGGGGAGAGCGGGAGAAGGAUGGUGUGUGGGUUGAGAGAACCAUAUCGCAAGGCUAGUACUUCCCCAUGCCGGCUCCAGACAGCUGCAAGGUUGUACUUACAGCUCCUUAAACCCAUAAAAAGAGACAACAGGAGAGGAGAGUAGCGCGGGAAAAGUUUUCCCGUGGAUUGCGCAUCAAGAGCGCACGAGAUUCAAACGAAAAGAAGGCAGUAUAGGCUUCUCUAAUGAAGAUAUGUCGUAGGCUAUAUAACAAAUUCUCAUAACCAUAAACAUGCAUUUUUCGUUCACGACUUUGCUUAUUAGUUAAACGUUAAGUAUGUAGUGUCGAUAAUAAUUAUUUGCGUAGGUCAUAUUUUAUUUUAAACCAUUCUACGCUCAUUUUAUAUCCUUUUUGCAUAUUUUUUCAUUGCGCGAGGACAUUGUUUCGUUCUGAUAUCUUAUCUCCGACGGAUAAUGUGUUAAUAGAAUAUCUGGAUGAUAUUUCACGAAGCGAGUGAUUAGUUAUUAGCGGUGAAUGAUUUUUUGUGCUUUUUUGGUUGUCUGUGUAUUUUUAAUUUCAAAAGCCGAUUCUACAAAACGAAGGGAAAACGUGCAUGUUCAGUGAAUGAUAGAAUGGUAAAGAAUACUAGAACUAAGCUGAAUUGGGCCACGGCGGAAAUAAUACUGUGUAAUAGUUAUCAUAAGCUUACAGAAGAUAAUAAACAACAGUUUUAAACACCUGAA